AUGCAGUUAUCCAUGGACAGUCGUCCUUUGCCAACAUUUAUUACUUUGCAUGAUGCCAUUAUUGACUCACCUGUAUAUCGCUCAACGUCUUUGCAGUUUGAUGAUCAGUUGGAUUUGGUUGAAAAAUGGCUAGAGUCUCUCUCUAAGCAUAUGAAGUCUUAUGUCGACAAGAUGAAUAGUAUGUUGGGCGUUUUUUUGGGUGAAAAAAAAAAAGACAUCCCUAGUUAUUUCUUGCCCUUGAUUUUUGACAAAGAACUCUCUUAUUGUUUGGGAAUAACUGCAGAAUUCAAUUUAGAAACAAACCUAUUAUGUAAAAAAGUGAUACCCGUUGGCAUCAACGACACAAUGAUAGAUUCCACUUUCACUGGUGCUGUCAUAAAGAGCUUUUCAGAUGCAUUACAAACAAGUUUGGCCUUCAAAACCAAAUUAGUAGCCGAUCUUGAGGAUACAUUUAUACAGCCUCUGCAGCUUUUCAUCAAAACGCAAGUGAGAGAAUUUAAAGAAUUCCGCAAACAGCACGAAAAGGCAUUAGAGCGCUAUGAAGCACAACUGUACAAAUAUACCAGCCAGAGUAAAAUGAAAGAGGCUUCGGCCGUGAGAGAGGAAGCAUUUCGGCUUUACGAAGCAAGGAAAUCUUACGUGCGAAUGUCAAGUCAACAUGUUGCCCGAAUUUUGCAUUUCCGAUCCUGCCUAGAGCAUUUUAUCGUUGACAAGUUUUCCAUGGCAGCCAAUUGCCAUUUAAAGGAUUUCGAAGGCGGAAAAGAAACAUGGGCAAAAUUAAAGUCGACUGUAGUCUCUUGGAAGCAAUGGCUGGCAGAUGACAAAGAGACCUGUCAAUAUCAACUACAACAAUUUCAGUCAUCGCGUGCAGUCAUGGAAUAUGAUUAUAUCAACACCAUUCGCCCAGUGCGUGAUUUGGAAAAAUACAACGUCGCGUAUGCUCCUCAAGCCAUCUCCAACAGUCGCCAUUCUCUGGACUAUCCAUCCACCACAGUAGAUCAACCUAGCUGUAAAUGGGGUUAUUUAUAUGUGAAAAGCAUCAAGUCCCCGUGGGCCAGAAAAUGGUUUUUCUUGAACGAGGGUUGCUUUGGAUCUGUGGAUAUACGUUCAUCCCCAAAGAACAAAGGAGCAAUUACAGUGAGUGAUGGCUGCGUCUCUGUUCUAUUAAGUGAUGUCAAGCCAGUAACCGAUACCGUAGAUCGACGCCAUUGUUUUGAAGUCUUGUGUGCGAAUCAACCAUCUUUCACGCUUCAAGCAGAAACAGAGCAAGAAAUGCAUGAAUGGCUAGGUGCUUUUGAAAGUGCCAAACAACGUAUGUUACAGCAGGAACCUUCGGACGUUAGCCACACUACACCUACCUAUCUACCGAUGAUAUCAUCCUCUCCACCUGACACAGUCGCCGCUGACCAUCAGCACGAUAGUACAGAAAACGAGGGUCAAACAUUAACGACGAUCAGAUUAAACCCACCUACAAGCAUGCUGGAUAGCUUACUUGUCAUUUCCUCCGAUAUCUCCCAUCUCUCCAGCAAAGAAACACCAAAGGACGAUCGUCCACAGAAUGGAUCAAGAACGUCCGCCACCGUCGUUGUUUCUACCAUAGGCGCCGAAAAGCAGUUGACACAGUUGAAUCAGUCUCCGUCCUUAACUCCUUUACUUGUCAUCGAAGCAACAAAGACCGCGCUCCAUUUACUUGCUUACACCAACUCUGUGCCCUCUUCGCCUACAAAACAGACAUUUUCGCAACCAACAAAUUCCAUUGAUGCUACUUUAGCUGAGCAUGAUAGCAAUGAUACCAGCCCUGAAAAUCCAGACGACCGUGAUUCCCAUCCUAGUGCUACUAACAAUCAUUCCUCUUCAUCGUCGUGGGGCAUACCGUGGGCGUUGGUGCCGAGUAUGUUUUCCUUAUCUCAUUCUGCCGCCAUAGAGAAUGACUCUAACGGCAAUGCAUCCGUGCCAAAUUCACCUACUUUGUCUUCUCAUCCAGAUGUGGAUCAAGAGAGUUUUUAUCAGCGGCAAAUUUGGCCAAAGAAAAUAGACCAACUGAAUAUGCUGAAGACAGACGUUGUAGGCUACUCGUCUCAUCUAGACAGUUGUAAUAAGGAACUGAGAGUCCUAUUUAAUGGAGUAGACCCGAAUGAGAUAGUACUUACCGAUUUUAUUGGUAUCUUGAAGAGAAUGCCGCCUACGGGACAUGCUGCUGAUGUUGUCGGUCCCUCUGAGACACCGCCUGUAUCAGUCAAUGCACAACCCAACAACAACAUCAUAGAUACGUUGGAGCAAGAGCUCGACUCUCAAUUAUCGGCCACUGGCCAUCAGCAGCCUACCUCGAAAUAUGGCUACACAUAUACCGGACAUGCCUUCAUCACACAAUCCACCUUUUGGUUCUAUAGCUGUAUCCUGAUGAACUGUAUCAAUACUGUAGCAGUCGGCCUCAACGAUAUAAAAACAGUUCGCUUAGCGCGUGAUCCUUCUAUUAUAGACAAUGGAUCCAAUUCCAACCUUGUACUUGUACUAGAAUUAGCCAACAAUAAUAGUGCAGAUCACGAAAGUAAACAGCUCAUUUUCUCAACUUUAAUGGAUGAUAUUGAAUUGGUUGCUGAAAGGUUAAAGUUCAUUCUAUCAAACGCGAAGAGCUCUAAGCCUGAGCCUGCACAGAUUGUCUACGAUGUGAUUCAAAACAUGUCUACCGCUGUCAAUAGGAACACUACAAUAACUAAUUACUCAAACCAAAAUAUACAUAAGCCAAUCGUGGAUCGUGUUCGUUCCGCUUCUGAUAUCACCAGUGAGAGCAUGUCUUCUUCCUCUUCACCUGCCCCUGUGUUGCCAUCGGCUACGGCUUCAUCGAUCACUUUAGAAUCUCCUAAGCCAAGUCGAUCUACUGAUACAAGAAAAAAACCAGCGAAAACGCCACGCAAACAUUCGGCACCUGUUCAACCAGGUAGUAAAUCGGGUGCGUUGGCGGCAGCCAUGAUGGCAGCGACCGUAGCAGGUGGUAGCGGAUUUUUCGACGCAGGAAGAAGCUUUCAAUCGCCAUCGCAUGAGCUUAUGCCUCUGUCUGCCAAGCGACAUGACGAAACGAAAUUCAACAGCAACAAUGGAAAUAAUAACAAUAGCAAUGGCAAAUUACCCUCGUCAAAAAAGAGUUUGUUUUCUACGCCUAAUGACAGUAAGCAUUCAAUGACGUCCUCUUCCGUUGAAAACGGCAUCCACACAGUGCCUAAAUCAGCAGUAACAGCAGCAGAUACCGUCUCACCAAAAAGCCCACACGCGCCCCCUGAUACCUUUAAAGCACCAGUAGGCCCUGUUUCUUGCGGAUGUGAUAAUCAUUUAGAUAAACUUGAAGCUGAAUUAAAACUUCCUGUAUCUGCAAGGCAUCUAUAUUACAUUUUAUUCUCUGGUGCUAAUCCUAACUACAGGGAUAUUUGGGAAAAGAAAACCGCUGGAAAUAAAAAUUUGACAAUCACUAAAUGGGAACCUGUCAAUGGAAAGAAAGAGCGCACCUUGAAAUAUAUCAUCCCGGUAAAUAAUGCUAUCGUCAAACUCAAAGAAGCCGAAGUCGUAGAGAAACAGGUCUUAGAGAAAGAGGAUAAUUAUCUAUGUUAUGUCGUAACAACAUCAACCAAAGCGGCAGAACUUCCUUAUGCCGAUGCAUUUGUACCGCAUGUGAAAUACUGUAUUACUUGGAUUAGCCCCCACCAUUGUAAACUCUGUUGUUAUACAGGUGUCAAAUUCUUGAAAAAUAUCUUGGUCAAAGGCAUGGUGAAUAAGACAGCAAUGAAGGGUAUGGCAGAAAAUUUAGGCGUCUUUACUUCCAUCAUUAAGAGAGAGGCAGAGAAGCAAACCCUUGUGAAAACUGCAGGACAUCAUCAUCGUGCGCAAAAGGAGACUGGAAAAAAAUCUGCAGAAAAAGAAAACACGCAGCAACCAUCAAGCACGUCUGGCACGUCGAACGAUAGCCACUUUAAGCAAUAUGACAUGACUUUCUCUUCACUUGUUGAGUGGCAGAAAGAAUUAAAGAAGUACAUUGAUGUUGUAGGUGACAUUGUUCAAGGACUCCCCCCUAUCAUAAAAAUAACGGCAGGGUCUCUCCUCCUUCUCUUCAUGAUCGUUGCUUGGUUUACUAUUUCGUUCCGUGACCACCCAACUUCCAUGGCUUCCAGUGCUGAUAAAACAUGCGGAGCAACAAGCGUUAUCUCUCGCGCAGUCUAUUUGAAAGAGGUUGAUGAGAGCUUGCUACGUGCAAUCAAUCAAACCGACCUGAAUUAUUCAGAAAGUUUCCGCUUAUUUAUGGACUCAAGGACGAAUAGCCAUGAUCAGCAAGAAGACCCUGUUACAGGUACUAAGAUAAAUCAGCACCGUUGGUAUUAUUCCGGUCAUCAUCAAUUUGCCACCGAUAUCUUAUUCAGUCGACAAAGGUUGGCUAUGGUUCGAUACGAUAUGCUGGUGUUAUUUCAGCUCUUAAACGACUUGGAUGUUCAACUUUUACAAGAUGAAUAUGUGAACUGGUUGAUGGACCGAAGAAUGUUCUGUCGUGAUCCUGAUACAGACUUUGUCAAAAGUCAUUGUGACGAUGUAAGACGACAAUUAAAAUUGUACUCUACACAAUCACAUCAAAACUUGGCAUACAAUUAG